CUGUUUCCGCUUCCGGUUUUCAUUAUUGACACAAGUUACAUGGCGGAGAAUUGCUGAACUUUGCUAAAGCCACAAUCCCACGUCUCAAGGCCUGUCUAGGGAGGUAAGGUGGUGUUUCCCCAUGGCGAAUUUCCCGAGGCAUCUUCCCAUCCAAUGGGAGCUUUACAGGAACGAGCCUCUCAAGGCGCAGCUACGAAGGGAGGCCAUGCGUCACCAGAUUGAGGAGAUUGACAAGGGCCGAGGUGAAACCGAUGGGCUGUGGUGGCCCGACCAGAGAUACGUUGAUGUGGUCGUCCCGGCGGAGUAUGUCGACCCGUACACUAUAGACACUUUUAAUUACAGAUAUCAAGUCUUUGCCCGCCCACCUCCGGUCCAGUGCGAGCCAAAGAGUUUAGCAGAGGUCACGGAAAAGGCUCCCCCUCUCAGCUACAACAUCAAGCGUAUUGCCCAGUGUAAGCCCUUGGAAACGGGCCUGCCCCGGUGCCAGUUACACGCCGAACCUUACAGCUUGACGCAAACUACGCCCGGAGCUAACGACCCACAGUGCCAGGGCAAGAACAAUAACUCUUGUGUUGAGAGGCCGGUUGUCUCCGCUGGAGCCGACGACGCAACGGCUCCGGCUCCUCAACAAAGCAGCUGUGCGAAUGACCCCAUGCUAGCGCUCCCCACUCAGACCCUGAAAGGCCUUGACCUUACGGAGAGAUGCAACACGAAUGAGUUACUCGGGAAUCAAUAUUCAGCAGACGAUGAGUCUAUUGUCAAGAGAUGUAGCUCAAAGGUAUGCCCCUUCCCGUGUAUACAAACUGACACAAACCUGAAUUGGAACCAAAAGUGUGAGACUAAAAGAUGUGAGCUGACUAACGACAGCCCGAGGAGCUACUCUAGCUACUCUUCAUCCUUGUCUUCAAGUAGUCAACAUUCAAACCUGAAGACACAUAGUAAGAAUAAUGUAACUAUAAGGAACACUGCUAUUAACAACCGCUCGCGCUUGUCACCUUUACCGCAGUUGGCAAGGAAUGCCAGCAGAGAAGCGGUCGAAAACGAGGCAGAAGUCCCAGAAACGAAAAUUACCGGUGAUGAUACUUCCUCACAAUAUGGCGCAGCAGCUCCUCAUACUUCCGUAUGUCUCGAGGUCAUGGGACCCGAUGCGAACAUGCAAGUAAAUGCUGCAAGCAGUAAAGAACUUUCACAUCUAGAAAACCCAGACUUCAAGAUGGACCAAAGUUUAAAUAAAUAUAGUUCCCAAUUACUCUCACCAAAUGAAGUUAGCUUUGAUACUAUCGGGGCAGAAUCAAUUCAUCCACAUCAAACUCUGAGCUGUGGUGAUGCGAACAACAACGAAAGGAACCCGUCAGUCAUGUCCGAUAACUCUUCUCGAAUCCAAGCAGAAGUCACAAAACGCGUUGAAGGAAGACGUGACAUCGUUCCCCUUAGCAACCAAAGAAAACUGCAGCGGGCUCGAGGCACAGAAAGACUCCAAUCUCUCAAUGAUGUUCAGAGUAUGAGAGCGUAUGGGGUCAUAGAAAGACCGGUUUGGAAUUAUGAAGCAUCGAAAGGCUCUUCACUGAAGCCUGGGAGGCGCUUUGGCUACAACAUUCCUGCACUGAAAGAUAAUGUCUCCUGUUUAUUAGACAGUUCCCCAAGAAGCAUGCUUCAGAUGAACCAAGCGGCCGAGUCCAAACCAAGCAAGUUUAGCAUCUUCCCGAUUUCUAAAACAGAAGAGAGUUCUAGCCACCAAAAUUGUUUCCUGGGCGACACGGGAAGGGAAGCAACCGUCCUGAAAAAAGUAAACAAGGGAGGUAAAAGAACGGGUUAUCAGAGCAGUUCAAUUAGAGAUUCCAUCACCUUUGGCGGUGGUCCCAUGAAAGAACUUUGCCCUUUGUAUCAUGGCGGAAGCAGACGAUCGUGCCAAGUUGGCGGUUACAAAUCGAUGGCCAAUUCAGAAAACAUGAAAAGUUUAAUCUUCGCACAGAACGUCAACGGAAAUAACUCCAACUAUCAGCCAUUUAACGAAGUCGAAAGCAGUUCAGAUAACUCUUUGUCUCAAAGUCAGGACGGAGUUAUCGUUGACAUGUUGUCAUUUGACGGGGAAAGUGAGCCUUCGAACGCACCACCAGCCAAACAUUUCCCGACACUUCAUCACGAUGAUGCAGGAGUUACAGAUUUCGAUUUUGAUAUUGCGUCAUCAAAAGAUGAGGUCUGUCUGUGCACCAACAACAACUCCGCUCUCUCUGAUCCAAUUCUGAACAUUCAACUCAACCGCCGUUGCGCGCAACCUCAAAAACUUCUCGUCUGCCCAGGCAACAUGCAGGAAGAGGACACGAAGGAGGCCCCGAAAGAAGGGCGCCAGACGCCCGAAAUCCCCUACGAGACGUACAAAAUUGUGGGAGGACAGCAGUACAAGCCCCGCCCACCAGACGACCUCCUGUCCGAGCUGAAGCUGCCGCCUCAUCUGGCCGAGUACCAAGAGUUUAUCAAACGCUGUCCGAAUUACAGCCUGGGCCGCUACGACCGCUCCAACCCGGCCAACGAGAUGCUGCUCCCAGGGACGAAGACCACGCAUACUCUGAGAAUGACCAGGAACCCAUUCAUGUAUGCCAGGAACCCUGGGGUCGAAAACAAGCCGCCUUUAUUCUACACUUCAACAGGGAACUCUGACCUACAGUGGCCCGUAGCUUCCCCAAAAGACCCAGGCGAUCAAGGAUUAUUGGGUAAUUCAUAAAGCAAAAUUUUGUUUUCGUCAAAACUCUUUUAAAUCCUAGUUUUGAAAAAAAAACAAACAAACAAACAAACAAACAAACAAACAAACAAAAAAAAACAAAAAAAACAAACAAACAAAAAA